GCUUGUGGGAGGUGUGAUGGCGGCGCCCAGUGCGAGGAGAGGCUGUGAUUGGGGGGAUGGAGGGCGGCGGGUCUGACAGGGCUGAGAGCUGAGGGCUGGGCCCUGGGCCCUGGGCCGAGCAGAGCACCACUGACCUGCACAAACAUUUUAUCUCUCGGAUGAAACCUGUGGGUGACACUGGUAAAAUAAAUGAUCCGUUCAAUUGGUACAGCGCUUUAACUCAUCAAGAGGAUGCCUGGAAGGCAGCACUUCACAGGAUAAUAUUAUGAUGAUGAUGAUGAGAUUGUUGAUUAGGCUGAAGCCUGUGAUGUGGAAGUGGAGUGGCCACAAAAUUCAUACGCUAAGAAACUAUGAUCCAGGACUGCCUGCCAUGCUGUGCUGCUGGAUACCCAAGAACCACUUCAUCAAAUUUACUUGGUCUCUCGUUAGGUGUUUAGCCACUAAACAGAAAGAUAAGAGAAUUCCUCCAAUAAAACAAAAGCAAAUGAAGAAGGAAGUGGAGAUAAAGAAAAUAAUGACUGUGUCCGAACUUGCAGAUGCUAUGGAUAAAGAUACUGAUCAUGUGUAUGAAGCUCUACUGAACACAGCUAUUGACUUGGAUUCAUUGGAACCAGAUUCUUUUCUCGAUGAAAAAUGGAUAAAAGAGGUUGUAAAGAAAUCUGGAAUGAAAUUUAAAUGGGCAAAGCUUUCCCAAGAUAAAGUAAAAGAAAAUAAAGAUGCUGUAACGAGACCUCCUGCAGAUCCGGCUGCUCUUGUGCCCAGGCCCCCAGUGGUUACAAUAAUGGGUCACGUUGAUCACGGGAAAACAACAUUACUUGACAGUCUUAGAAAAACCCAAGUUGCAGCUAUGGAGGCAGGAGGCAUCACACAGCAUAUAGGUGCCUUCCUUGUGCGCUUACCCUCUGGGGAGAAGAUCACCUUCCUGGACACCCCCGGCCAUGCUGCCUUUUCAGCAAUGCGAGCCCGUGGUGCUAACGUGACCGACAUUGUAAUAUUAGUAGUAGCUGCAGACGAUGGAGUAAUGAAGCAAACAGUAGAAUCGAUUGAACAUGCUAAACAUGCUCGAGUUCCAAUAAUUCUGGCUGUAAAUAAGUGCGACAAGCCGGAGGCAGACCCUGGCAGGGUGAAGCAGGAACUUCUUGCCCAUGAUGUGGUUUGUGAGGAGUAUGGUGGUGACAUUCAGUCUAUAAGUUUGUCAGCUCUUACGGGAGACAAUUUGUUAGCUUUAACCGAGGCUACUGUUGCCCAGUCAGAGAUGCUGGAGUUGAAAGCUGAUCCUACAGGACUUGUUGAGGGCACGGUCAUUGAAAGCCGGACCGAUAAAGGAAAAGGACCAGUAACGACAACCAUCAUCCAACGUGGAACACUGAAGAAAGGCUGUGUCUUGGUGGCGGGAAAGUGCUGGGCUAAAGUGAGGUUAAUGUUCGAUGAGAAUAACAAGCCAAUGAACACUGCUGCACCCAGUACGCCGGUGGAGAUAGUGGGAUGGAAAGAGCUUCCAUCUGCUGGAGAUGAAAUUCUUGAAGUGGAAUCUGAGCAAAGGGCCAGGGAAGUUUUAGAAUGGCGGAGGUACAUGAAGACCCAAGAAAAAAUUAAGCAAGAUUUAGAGGUGAUUGGGAUCAAACAGAAAGAACACCAUGAGGCAUACAAGAAGCUGCGAGAGAACUACAGUAACAUGAGCUGGAGAAGUAGAAAAUCAGCCAUGUACAAAGCCAAUAAACAUUUAAUGGGAAUAAGGCCAAAGGAGAGGACAGAACGGGAUGAGUUUUCGCUUUCAAUAAUAGUGAAAGGUGACGUUGAUGGCUCUGUGGAGACCAUUCUAAAUAUCCUAGAAAGCUAUGAUGCUGAUGAGCAGUGUGAGCUCAAUCUGGUCCACUUUGGUGUUGGGGAUAUUAAUGAAAACGAUAUUAAAUUGGCCGAAACCUUUUCAGGUCUGGUUUAUGGUUUCAAUGUACAAGCCAACAAAUCUCUAGAACAGAUGGCUGUCAAGAAGGGAAUAAAAAUCAAACUGCAUAAAGUGAUCUAUAAGCUCAUUGAUGAUCUCAAGGAUGAAUUAAGUAGCAAGUUACCACCAGCACUGGAGGAAAAUACAAUAGGAGUGGCUUCUGUACUGACAAUCUUCCAGGUGACAAUAGGAAAGAAGAAAGUCCCAGUAGCAGGAUGCAGAAUCCAGAAGGGUCAAUUGGACAGAAAGAUGAACUUUAAACUCCUCCGGGAUGGCAAUGUUUUGUGGCAAGGUUGUCUCACCUCUCUCAAACAUCUGAAAGAUGAUGUGCAAAUUGUAAAGGCUGGUAUGGAAUGUGGCCUGAGUUUGGAUAAGGACUUUGAAGUUUGGCCUGGAGAUGAAAUUGUCUGUUAUGAAGAAAAAGAAGUUCAGCAAGUUACUUCCUGGGACCCAGGAUUUUAAAAUCAUUUUACAUUAAUCUAAACUUUAGGAUUCAAUUCAUUUGCACUUGAACCGCAAGGUCUGUACUGUAAAUCUAUUUGAUACAUUUGUUUUGUGAUUUAAGAUAUGUUUAAUAUUGCAUCUAUACAAUAAACUCCUGAUACCUUGUCAUUACCACUUGCA